AUGGCACUGAACAAGCUGGUCAAAGGUGCCACCAAGAUCAAGAUGGCACCGCCCAAGGACAAGUACGUCGGUCCUAUCCUGCAGGACACGUCCACUUCACGCCACUCCAUGCAGGAGGCAGUGCAGCUGCUUGGGCAGCGGAUAGCGGGGUCUAACGAGUGGACCAUAGUGUUCAAGUCUCUCAUCAUGCUGCACUUGAUGAUCCAGUACAGCGAGCAGAGCGAGGCCAGGGGUUUCGACGACGACGACGACUACUACGGCGGGAACAGGCGGAAGGGGGACGGGUCGCCUAUACUGGACUACAUGUCCCGGAACCUGGACUUCUUCAACAGCACGAGAAAGAUCCUCUCCUCAUCGAAGUGGUCGCGGGAUGACAUCAAAGUGAUAGAGAGAUACAACCAGUAUUUGAAGAUCAGAUGCAAGGAGUACGACCUGUGCAACGGUACAGACUACGUGAAAGUGGGUUUCAAUAUUGCAAUGAAGUAUAGACGUGAGAGAAGCCAACAAAACUUGGGAAACAAGAACAUCUCGAUCUCGACGGAACUGGACCACGUCGAGUCCCUAGAGAACACCAUCACUGCAUUGAUCAAGAACAGAUUCUCUCAGAUAGACCUACAGAACGAUCUGAUCCUAUACACAUUCAAGAUGCUAGUCACCGAUUUGCUGCCUUUGUACAAUUCUUUGAACGGGGGUGUUAUCGCAUUGCUGGAGUCGUUCUUUGAACUAGACAGAGCCGAGGCUAAGAGAACCUUGGAACUAUACAAGAGCUUCGUAGACUUAACGGACCAUGUGGUUAAUUACUUGAAAAUCGGCAAAUCUGUCGGGCUGAAGAUACCUGUCAUCAAGCAUAUAACAACUAAGCUGAUAUCAUCACUGGAGGACCAUAUCAGAAAUGAGGAAAGGGGAGGUGCGAAACUGAAUAGCCAAAGGAAAGUGUCAUCCAACACAACCGCAUAUGGAGACGAAAGCAAUAGGAAUGCGAACCAACCAGGUACAUUACAAAGAAGCGAGACCACUAGCAGCAUGGCGCAGCAAAAACUCGAGCAAAUCCGGGAACAAAAGAAGAUCCUGGAACAACAGUUACAGAACCAACAAGUGCUAAUAACACCUACAGUGCCUCAAGAACCAUAUGUCAACAACCCAUUCACGCCGUCUGCUGCUGACACGUUUAGUUUCGAGCCUACGGGCAGCAAUCCAUUUGCUCCUCAGAUGACCUCCCCUCAGAUGAUGAUGCAGCAGCAACAGCCACAGGCACAGCCACAGCAACCCAUGCAGACAUCACCGAUGCCAAUGGUACAGCAAGGCACAAGCAUGUAUGUGGGCAAUCAAAUGUCUGGCUUCACGGGAGGCAACGUUAACGGCAUACAGCAACAAUCACCACAACAACCAUUAGCGCAACAGCCGUUGAGAACCGGUUCAAACAACCCAUUCGCGUUGGAGAACAUGGCACAAUACGAAACCGUGGAGAACCCAUUUGGCACUGCACACAUGCCCACGAUACAGGAGGUAGAUAUGCAGCAAAUGCAGAUGCAACAGCCUGUAACAUACGCGAUGAUCCCCGUGCAGAUCACCAACCCAUUCCAGCAACAGCAACAGCAGAUGUGA